AUGGAAAAUGGUGAAAAGUAUAUUCAAAAAGUUGGGAUGAAUGAGGGAAGAGUUUCUAGAACUCAAUAUUUGUUUUUUCAAGUAUAUAACAAUACAAAGAGGUGUUGCUGGAGUAUAUCUAUACCGAGAGAGUGUAUUGGAUUGUCUAGGAUUCUUCUUGAAUAUCCAUAUAGCUACUUCCUACCUCUAUUUUCAUGUUUUCAAUGUAUUCUGACAAUUAUUAUAUGCCAUCUAUUCUCAGCAGCUCUUUCUCAUUUACCAUAUUAUAAGCUGUUUCUUCCAUUCACCUACUUUUUGACAAUCCAUUCCCCAGAAAAAUACAUAUAUAUGUUCGGAUUGUUGUCUUCAUGGAUUUUAUUUGUGUUGUCAGUCCCAAUGCUAUACCAUUUGCUUUUCUAUCAUCUCCCACAGCCACUUGAAGUAUGGGUAACUCCUCAAUAUUCAAGGAUUGGUGACUUUAUGGCCAAUAGGGAAGAUGGUAACAAUAUAUUUGACUCUGAAAAGGGAAACCAUAAUUACUACUUUGAGGGAAAUCAGAAGAACACAAACAAAAUCAACAGACGAAAUGAACGUUGUCUUGCCGAGGAAUAUUGCACAGAAAGUGAAACAAUGCUAGAUAUUGAUGAGUAUGAGACCAACAAUUUAAGCUCACCAAAUUUGAUUCGUGUUAAACAAGGAGUUUUUCAUAGAGCAAUCGCAACCUGGACUUUGAGGAUUACAUUUUUUUCACUCUCUUUUGCAGUUUUCUUUGCAUUUUUGGCUUUAAUCUUUCCUUUUGGACUUAAUCUUAGAAGAAUUAUUUUUAGCGAAGUUGGCGCUUCUUCUGGUAUAUUAUAUUACUUAUUUAAUGCACUAUUAAGUAUAUCACCAAGCAAUUUAUUCAUAUUUUUCUCAUUUAUUCAUGCAUUACUCAUCUCGAUCUAUGUAUUUGUCUACAGGAGACCAGUGAUUUCUAGAUUGUCCCGUCUUCUAAAGAUAGGAUGUUCUGCUUUCAUGGUUAUAAUCAUCCUUAUCAGGUCAAUAUCCACAUUUAUUAUUUCCCAUUGUUAUAUGAACAAGUUCAGAAGUGGAAGACUGUUCAAUGAUAAUUAUCCGAAUCUUAACUCAUUCUUGGCUGACUUCAUCAUUAAGAUGAAAGCGAAUCACUCCUUUUAUAUUAGAAUGGCUUUUUCAAGUAGCUCCCAGUAUCUAUUUUUGUUUGUUAUUAUGGUAUUUAUUUCGAGCUACUCUCUUGAUAUUCACCAACUACACUUAUCCUCUAUUAAUGCUUUUAAGUCCACAGAGGAUUCCGGAUCCUACUCUUUAAUAAAAAGAGGUGAGGAUUUUGUAUCUAAUAAUGAUGAAAAAGAAAGUAUUCUAUACUAG